UUUAGUUAUACAUAAGAACAUUCCAGUCUUACAUGUAUAUUUGGCCUGAAAGUUGUUAUUUUACAUUUAAUCCACCCACACAGCGAUUAACCGAUGAUUUGUGGAGCAGUUCUUUCUUUUUUUUUUCUUUCUGUGGAAAAGUGGAGUUGUGUGUCUCUCCUCGGGUGUCGCUCCUCUCCUCCACCCUGCCCUGCCUCGGUGCAGUUUUUUUCUCCCCCUCUCAGACUUGGAGAGGCCGGCGCUAUCUGAGCAGGACGUCUGUGCGCAGAAUGCGCUAAAGAAAGCAGACGGGCGGACGGAACAACGUGGAACAAAGCGUUUGACGCACGAAGUGGACUCGGCAUCUGAAGACCGAGAGACAAUGUGAAGACGUGUAGUUGUCAACAGUGUUGGAGGACUCUUUCAGCGAGGACAGGAAAGAUGGCGAGGACGCAGACUCGCAUGCUCCUCGCCUUAGUGGCUUUGCUGGGAAUUUUCCUUCUCCAUGCCUCGGUGAAAGGCGAGCAACAGGAGGCGGAGGAGCAGCAGGAGGAGGAGAGGUCCUGUCAGGGAGCGUUCGACCUUUACUUUGUCCUGGACAAGUCUGGGAGUGUGAAGCAUCACUGGCUGGAAAUCUAUACUUUUGUGCAGCAGUUGGCAGAGAAGUUUAUCAGCCCGAUGCUGAGGAUGUCUUUUAUAGUCUUCUCCACACAUGGAAAGAUCAUCCUGAAGCUGACAGAGAACAGGGAAGCCAUUACUGGAGGCCUGUUGGCCCUGAAGACGGUCGUCCCCGGGGGGGACACGUAUAUGAAUUUAGGCCUGGAAAUGGCUAACGCUCAGAUUCAUCAAGAGCGACACGGGACUGCCAGUGUCAUCAUUGCUCUGACUGAUGGAGAGCUCAACGAGUGGCAGUUUGACACAGCACAGAGAGAGGCUCAGAGGGCCAGAUCCAUGGGUGCGACCGUUUACUGUGUUGGGGUCAAAGACUUCAACCAGACCCAGCUGGCAACUAUUGCAGUUACAGUGGACCAUGUGUUUCCUGUGUGGGGAGGCUUCCAGGCCCUGAGGGGAAUCAUCGACUCAAUCAUUAGGAAGUCCUGCAUUGAGAUUCUGGCAGCGGAGCCGUCCAGCGUGUGUGCAGGAGGUAAGAGGUGUAAAGACGGCGUGGAAGUCACGCUGUUUAACAGCGAUCACGUCCUCUGCAGCUUCAAACUGAAUGAUACACACAGUGUGGAUGAGAGACCCGCGGGAAUACAGGACACCUUCCUCCUGUGUCCUGCUCCUGUUGUAGAGGAGGUCGGAAGGGUGAUUUACCUGCAGGUGAGCAUGAACAAGGGCCUCUCCUACAUCACCAGCUCCGUGCACAUCACUACUACGGAAUGUUUUGAUGGCACCAUCGUGCUCAUAUCGUUGCUGGUGGUUUUCCUGCUGUUGGCGCUGCUGUUGAUGUGGUGGUUCUGGCCGCUCUGCUGCACCGUGGUGAUCAAAGAACCACCACCACCUCCACCUCCAGAGCCUGAGUCUGAUGAUGAGGAUGGUAUGCCGAAGAAAAAGUGGCCGACGGUGGAUGCAUCCUACUACGGUGGAAGAGGCGUGGGUGGCAUCAAACGCAUGGAGGUGCGAUGGGGGGAGAAAGGCUCCACUGAGGAGGGAGCUAAGUUGGACAAACCUAAAAAUGCCGUGGUGAAGAUGCCAGAGCAGGAAUUCGAACCUUACGAGCCAAAACCACGAAAACCCUCCCGACCUCCCCCGGAGGAGAGGAGGUGGUACACACCCAUUAAGGGAAAACUAGACGCUCUGUGGGCCUUGUUCAGAAGAGGUUAUGACCAGGUGUCUCUGAUGAGACCCCAGCCCGGAGACCAGGGUCGUUGUAUUAAUUUCCAGCGGGUCAAAGACGGAGAGUCCGUCCCGAACAACCAGGCCCGUCCUCUUGUGCAUCGCUCUCCCUCUCCCUCUCCCCCUCCUGCGCCUCCUCCUCCGAUCGCAGAACAGCGACCCCUGGUCUCUAAUUCCGUGCCCCGUACGAAGCCUCCGUCCAGAGGGCCACGCACGACGCCACCUUCCCGUGCGCCCCCGCCCAUGGUGAAUUCCCCUCCGUGUCCACCUCCAAGUCGUCUGCCCCCGGGGCCUCCAGGACCUCCACCAUCUCGACCUCCACCCAGGCUCUGAUGAUGUAAAAAAACAUGGGGGCCUCCCACAAACCACUUAAAAACCUGAUAAAUCCAAACCCCGACUUCCUCCUCCUCCUCCUCCUCCUCCUCUCACAGUGAAGAUCUAGAAGCAGCACAGAAGCAAAACGAAUCUUUCAGGCCCGGAGCACACCCACAGCUCUGGGCUUUGUUGCUGGACAGCAAAUCAAAAAAAAAGUAUUUAUCUGAUAAUAAAAUCAGCUACUGACCUUCAUCCUCAUUAACUUUUUUUUUUUUACUAAAAGCAUUAUAGAAAAAGCAUGUAGUCACCUGGUUUAGCCUGUAUGUACAGUAGUGUCAGUCAUGUGGGUGUUAGUGGUCAGAGUGAGGGCCAGUCUCUAACUGCACCAGUGCAAUGUUGUGUGUAAUUGAUGGGUGGAAAAUAAAUAUGUGUUUGUGUUGGAAUUUUGGUGGAUUUAAUGAUGAUGAUGAUGCUGAUGAUGCUGAUGAUGUAAUGUGACAAUGUAGUUGGACAAACGGCAAGUUGUUAGAAAGAGUUAAAUGUAAGCCUUGAGUUUUUAAACACAUGUUUACAAAUAUGCAAUUUUUGGCUUUACCUUUAUCACCAAAGAAAUCAAUUUUUUUUUUCUUUUGACGACACCCUAGUUAAAAAAAUUGUGUAACAUCUCAACGUUCUAAUGGUAACUGCAGGGCAGUUUCUCCAUUUUUAAUUUAUUUCAGUACCAGCCCAGUUUCUGCAUGUUCUCUUCUUAAAGUUAGAUGAAUCUCUGGCUCUUUCAGUCUGCCACGCUGCAGAAUGUUCAGACAGAUGCAGGCGAGGAUUAUAUGUGUGAUGGAUGCAUUGAACAUCAUUAACCUUAGGAUUCUUCUGUACUCCAAAUGUACUGACCAAAAAUGAUCUUUUGUAUAAUUUAAUUUGUUUGUGACAUUUUUCAAUAAAGUCAACUGUUUUUUACCUGGAA